GUCACACUGUCGCCGUGGCCCGUGCUGUUGAACAGGCUGAGGAAAGAUCUGGAACUUCAUGCCACACAGUGAUCUUGAGUCACAUCUCUAGUGAAACAAGCAGGAAAAGCUCUCUGUGAAGAUGGAGUUUAUUAAAGUGGAGAUCGGGGAUGUGGAUGAUCCUGAACCAUACAGAAUACUAAAUGAUGGUACUGAGGAACAAAGAGACCUGAUGGAUGUGAAAGAGGAAAUUCAAGAACCGAAUGACGUGGAAGAGAAAUAUCAGUAUCAAGAAUUUGAGACUUUUGGAGAACAAUCGUUUAGCUGCUCUGAGUCUGACAAUAAUUUCUCACAAAAACAGACUCUUAUCUGCCCUCAGUGUGGGAAGAGUUUUAAACAAAAAUUACACCUCGAGGAACACAUAAGAACUCACACUGGAGAGAAGCCUUUCUUAUGCCUUCAGUGUGGCAAGACUUUUGCACACAAAGGAAACUUUCAGAACCACAUGAGAAUUCACUCUGGAGAGAGGCGAUUUGCUUGCCAUGAGUGUGGAAAACGAUUCACACAUCGAGCAAACCUAACAGAUCACAUAAGAAUUCACACUGGAGAGAAGCCUUACACGUGCACUCAGUGCGGAAAGAGUUUCACACACGCAACCAGUCUCAAAACUCAUCUGCUCGCACACUCUGGAGAACGACCGUUUAACUGCGAUCAGUGCGGUCAAAAGUUUAUGUUGGUAGCACACCUACGAAGACAUGUCAAAAUUCAUACAGAUGAGAAGCCUUAUUUGUGUACUAUUUGUGGGAAGAGUUUUUUAUGGCAGUGCUAUUUUAAAGACCACCUGAAAAAACAUACUGGUGAGAAAGCUCAUGUGUGCUCUGAGUGUGGGAACGCCUAUACUAGAGCCAGUGAGUUGAUCAUGCACCAAAGAACCCAUACUGGAGAAAAACCGUACAAGUGCUCGUAUUGUGGGAAGAGUUUUAGUAUGUCUGGAAACCUGAAAAAACACGAGAGAGUGCAUACCGGGGAGAAGCCAUACCAAUGCCUUUCAUGUGGCUGGAGUUUCACACAAUUCAGUCAUCUACUGAGGCAUUUAAAUCUACAAAGGUGUCCAAAGUUGUCCCAGUUUAUUUUCUUGCCCCAAAAUGAGCAAAGUUUCAUACCUCAAGAUGGCCAAAGUGUCUUGCCCCAAAAUGAGAAGAGUGUCAUGCCCAAAGUUGGACAAAGUUUCAUGCGCCAAGAUGAGCAAAGUGACUUUCCCCAAGAUGAGAAGACUGUCUUGCCCAAAGUUGAUCAAAGUUUGUUGACCCAAUAUGAGCAAAGUUACUUGCCCCAAAAUAGGCAAAAUAUCUUGCCCCAAAAUGAGAAGAGUGUCUUGCAACAAAAUAAGCAAAAUUUCAUGCCUAAAGAUGAGAAAAGUGUCUUCUCCAAAGUUGGACAAAGUUUCUUGCCCCAAAAUAUCUUGCCCCAAGAUGAGAGGAGUGUCUUGCCCCUAGAUGAGAGGAGUGUCUUGCCCCAAGAUGAGAGGAGUGUCUUGCCCGAAGAUUAGCAAAGAUGGAAUUUCUCUUGACGUGGUGUAAUUGCUCAAAUACAUUACUUGAGUGAUAUUUAGGGGAUGUAAAAGUAUUGAUAUUGAUGCCACCAUUUUUGUAGAAAUGCAUUUCUUUAAAGUACUAAAUUAAUUAUAUUAUUGUGGAAUGAUUCUGUCAUCAUCUACUCUCAUGUUGCUCCAUUAGUCCAUGUUGUAUCUUUUAUUUUCUUCUGAGGAUUAUAAAAUAAGAGUAAGAGAUAUGUAGUUUAAUGUCUUAGUUUCUCUUUUCCUUACAGUGAAAAAGGAUAGUGAUUCUGACUGUUAAGCUCCAAAGGCUUAAUAUAAAAUGUGUAACAUACAAGGUUGUACAGUAUAUUUCAAUUCUUUCAAAACCAAUAGCUUUGACAAAUCUUAAUUUAAAGUGUGUAUUUUCUGUGCCAGUCGCACAAUAUAAAAAUAAUGUGGGUUUACAUCUACAAGAAAAUGUUGCUAACUGUCAAAAAUUGAAUCAUUAUAAACACCUGACAUCACAAGAAAGUCGUGUUUCCUGAGAUUUUAAAUGUAUAUUUCCACUGGUUUUGAUGUAAAAAAAAUUAAACAAACGCGCACAUUAAAAAAGCCUCCAGAAUGCUGUGUAAAGGUGCAGUCACAUUUACCUUUGCGUGGUGAAAUUCUGUGGGUGAAGAAGGCACGGGCAGUUGUUGAAAAUCUAAUUGCCAAGCAGCUUCAUUUUAAUGCUGCAUUUUAUACUCUGGGAGAGUGAAGUUUAAGAAAAACCUCUCCGCUAAAUUGAUAUUCUUGUCCUUUGGGAUUAUUUAGCGUAGCUGUACACCAGCAAUCACUGCCAAACCAAGCAACCUCCCUUUGGUCAACGUGGCAAUUCUCUUGUCAAAGUUUGCCAAACUUGAAAACCAAACAAAAUCCAUAAGGGGAAAUUCUUCACCACGUGUAUUCUAAUUGAGAUGACCAUAUUUCACCCUGAGGUGUUUCGCCAUGCAAAGGUAAAUGUAAUGGCUCUUUAAAGGAGUUUACAUGCAAAGUGAAAUCAAGGUUAUGAGCUCAUUUUUAAGUGUGCUAAUCUGGUUUUGCUUAAAUAAUUUAUGAACUUUCCCACAACAAAUAAACACAGUUUAAGGCAUUUUCCUGAAAAAAUCUGAUGGGUGGAGCAACAUUGGUGAGUAGAUGGCAAUUUUUAUUUUUGGGUAAGCAAUGCCUUUACUUGAAUUGUAUUAAUCGUAGUUGUAUAAUGGUGUUGCAUUGAGAACUAAAAAGACUUAAUUGCAAUGAGAUCAGUGAGACUAAAAGAAUGCUAUGGUGUUGGGGACUUGACCAGUCCACAGUAAACUAAUGUUCCUGAACUGGUUGAACAAGGCAGUGGCAACAGACUUAAGGGAUUCAUUCCCAGGGAACAUACUGUAUAUGCUUAGAGAAUUUAUACCUUGAAUGUAAGAUGCUUUGAACAAAAGUGUCUACAAAACCAAUAAAUGUUUAAUGCUUGUACAAUUUGUACAACUC